AUGGUGCUUCUUUACAAGGCGCUGGUUGGUGGAUCCAUGGUUCACCAACCCCGCCAGAGGCUAGUGGAUAUAUACAGGCACGUCGAGGCUGUGGGUGGACGUACACUCGAUCGAACCAACUCAUUCCUUCCUACCACCCCCGGCACCACCAGCCCAAGCAGAGCCAUGGCGCCCAGCGGAGACAACACCGUGGCCAACGUCCACAGCGGCAUCGACAGCACCAACAAGACGCUGCUCAAGAGCGACGCCCUCUACACCUACAUCCUCGACACCACCGUGUUCCCCCGCGAGCACGAGUGCAUGCGCGACCUGCGCCUCAUCACGGACAAGCACCCAUGGGGCUACAUGCAGUCGUCCUCGGACGAGGCGCAGCUGCUGGGGAUGCUGAUCAAGAUGGCGGGCGCCAAGAAGACGAUCGAGGUGGGCGUGUUCACGGGCUACUCGCUGCUGGCCACCGCGCUGGCGCUCCCGGAGGACGGCAAGGUGGUGGCCAUCGACACCGACCGCGAGUGCUACGAGGUGGGCCGCCCCUUCAUCGAGAAGGCCGGCAUGGCGCACAAGGUGGACUUCCGCGAGGGCACCGGCCUGGAGCGCCUGGACGAGCUCCUCGUCGAGGACGACGGCGCGGCGAGCUACGACUUCGCGUUCGUGGACGCGGACAAGCCCAACUACGUGCGCUACCACGAGCAGCUGCUGAAGCUGGUCCGCGUCGGCGGCACCAUCAUCUACGACAACACGCUGUGGGGCGGCACGGUGGCCCUGCCGGCGGGCACGCCCAUGUCCGACCUCGACACCCGCUUCUCCGCCGCCCUCAGGGACCUCAACGCCAAGCUCGCCGCCGACCCGCGCAUCGAGGUCUGCCAGCUCGCCAUCGCCGACGGCGUCACCAUCUGCCGCCGCAUCGUCUAG